ACUAAACAUAAGGGACCAUUUUUGUUAUUUUUCUUCAUCUUCCCCAUAACGCCUCAAAAUUUCUGUUUUCUUUCAGUUCGGCCUGAGAAGGAAUUUCUACCUCAACGACGGCGCAAUACACAAAGGAAUCCAUAAGUGUUUAAUCGGGUAUCUGUCCCUGCUCGUCCUGAAGAUGCAAUGGGAGCUUCCAGUGGACCAAAGCGGCUAUCUGGUAUGCAGAAGCAAGCACUUGCUCUCUAUAGAGGAUUCUUAAGAGCAGCCCGCUCCAAGCCUGCUGAAGAAAGGAGGCAAAUCGAGUCAGUUGUAUCCACUGAGUUCCGCAAAAACUCCAAGCAAGUUGAUCGUAAGAAUUUUAUUUAUAUCGAGUACUUACUUCGUCGUGGUAACAAACAACUUGAUCAACUCAAAAGCCCUGAUACUGUUGGAUUGUCAUCAUUAAGUGUUGAUUCUUCACAAACAACAGGUUCAUCCUCCUCCUAGAUUUUGUAAAGAAACCACUCUUUUUUUCAACUAUUACAAUGAGUUGGUUGAUUAUAUAACAUCUCUUUUGCUGGGAUUAUCAUACUGAGUAUACUAGUAUUCAGAAACAUUUAUAUGGUGUUAAAAGAGGAUUUUCAUCGAGGCUCGAGAGAUGGAAUAGAUUACAUUUACGUUUCUUCAAUAAAAAUUGAAGCUCGACUUGAUAGUGUAAAAAUUCUUUAGAAAAAAAUCUUGCUUAUCCUAUGAUUGAAUGAUAGUUUUUGUAAUACCGGAUUGUUUCAUAAUGUAUGAUAAUAUGUACUAUUUGGUUA